AUGGCGGAAGAGGGCCCACAGGUUAAAAUAAGAGAAGCUACCAAGGACAAUGUGGAUUUUAUACUGUCAAAUGUGGAUAUGACAUUGGCAAACUCGCUGCGGAGAGUGAUGAUUGCCGAAAUCCCAACAUUGGCGAUAGAUUCGGUGGAAAUUGAGACAAACACCACAGUUUUGGCGGAUGAGUUCAUAUCGCAUCGUUUGGGCCUCAUUCCAUUGCAAAGUGCAGAUAUCAAUGAACUGAUUUAUUGUAGAGAUUGCUACUGUGAAGAUCAUUGUGAUCGGUGCUCUGUGGUUCUCACGCUACAGGCCGUGGGAGAAAGCGAGUCGACGACAAAUGUGUACGCUAAAGAUUUGGUGAUUGUAAGCAAUCUUAUGGGACGAAAUAUUGGACAUCCCAUCAUACAGGACAAAGAAGCCAACGGGGUGCUGAUUUGUAAACUGCGGAAGGGUCAGGAGCUCAAAUUGAAGUGCAUUGCGAAAAAAGGUAUUGCCAAAGAACAUGCCAAGUGGUCGCCUGCGUCGGCCAUCGAGUUUGAGUACGACCCUUGGAACAAGCUCAGACACACAGAUUACUGGCAUGAAGUAGACGCGGCUGCAGAAUGGCCUAAUUCGAAAAACUGCGAGUACGAGGAUCCACCCAACGAAGACGACGUGUUUGACUAUAAGGCCAAGCCAUCAACAUUUUACAUGAACGUCGAAGCGGUAGGAUCGCUGACGGCCGACCAAGUGGUCGUGAGAGGCAUGAAAACGCUACAAGAUAAGGUAGCAGACAUUCUUUUCUCUCUGAAAAAAAUGGAUCAAGACAAGGUCAAUUUUGGUGGCACCGCGGGUCUUGUAGAGCAAGACGGCGGUGCUGGGCCCAUGGAGCAAGAUUCAAAUUUUGGUUACGCAGAUGGUGCCGCUCCUUACAAUUACGCAGGACAAAGUUCGGGCUUUGAUGAUGCAUGGUAG